CUGGCUUCUCAGCUGGCUUUAGACCAUGGCGCCGGAGUGCCUGUCCUGCCUCAGCUCAACAGCACAUCAUACAAAGCGAUGGCAAGUCUGACAAAUCACCACAAGGAAAGAAAAAACACAAAAAGCAGUGUUGUGACGGGAAAUCGACUGAGCUCUUCAGCAGCCAGAUAUCAAGGAUGGGAUCGACCAGGUGUGUGUGGAUUGGACAACACUGGGAACUUCUGCUACUUGAACGCUGUGUUACAGUGUGUUUGUUCCACGGUGCCCCUUGUGGAGCACCUCCUGCAUCAGGACACCCGCAAAGAGCUGGCACGGGCCAAGUGUCAGGUGACCCAGGUGUUUGUACGCCUCUUGGAGCAGAUGUGGCUGGGGAGGAGCUCCAGCUGUGCCCCAGUGGAGGCCAGGACAGUGCUGUGCUCCAUCCUGCCCCAAUUCAACAACCAUUCCCAACAGGAUGCCCAAGAGCUCCUGCUCCUCCUCUUCAACAAGCUCCAUGACGACUUGAAAAAGGUUGGGAGGUGUAAGAUCCGCUUCUCCAAGCAGCAGUUCAGGCGAGACCAAAACUAUGCUUCUAUACUGGGGGAGUCCACCAUUGUGACCAAGUUGUUUGAAGGCCAGCUGAGCUACAUGACGGUGUGCAUGGAGUGUGACCAUCAAGCCCACAGCAUGCAGACGUUCACGGUGCUCUCCUUACCCAUUCCCACACACACCAGCAAGUGCUCCAUUCAGGACUGCUUGUCUCUGUUCUUUGAGAAAACUCUCCUGACAGGGGCAGAGAAGAUGCUUUGUUCAGCCUGUGAGCUGAGGAGAGAAACUGCAGUUCUCACUUGUUUGGACAAACCCCCAGAAAUCCUCAUGCUGCACCUGAAACGGUUUGGUUGUAAAGGAAAGAACCAAGUGAAACUGAGGACGAAUGUCGUCUUCUCCAUGAAACUUGAUCUUGGCUUUUUUCUGUCCAGCUCAGCACAGAACACCUCAUAUUCUUCCUAUCGUCUCUAUGCGGUUGUGAACCAUGCGGGUCAACUGAACAUGGGUCACUACACAGCUCUGUGCCACAGCACCCUGACCCAAACGUGGCACUGUUUUGAUGACUCUGCAGUUCGAGAAAUCCCAGACAGCCAUGUGCAAUCGGCAGACGCCUACAUCCUGCUUUACAGCCGCAAACCAUUUCGUAAACCAAAGAUUCUGGGACUUUAAAAAGGUCAUACUGAUAUACACAGAGGAAUUAUUUCCUAACUUUGCAUCUCUCUAAUGGCACCAUUUCUACAAUCACAACCACAAAUUCAAAUCAGUUUUAAUAAAUAGGCAUAUAAGUUGUUUGACUUUAAUAUAUUUGUUAUACUGAAAGAUUUGAAAGCAUUGAGAAAUCAACAUUUACAAGAAAAUAAAGAUGUUUGAGUCUCAUGCUAGGCGAGAAAAGUGAUCGAAUGAGCAAGUGAAAUGCCUGCACUUCCCCUUUCUGGUCCAUUUCACCAAACUUUGUGCUUGUGUUUAGUUCAGUUAAUGCUGACCUAAUGAAUCAUGUCAAUGUUAGUCUCAUAUGUGAUCAGUACUGAAGACAGAAUUAGAUCAAACAGAUACAUGUUCAUUUCACAAUCUAGAGAUUUGAUAUUUGAUUAAAAUUAGCCCAAUUUUUUAAACACCUUAAUUUUCCUUUUGUUAACAAUGUCAAUAUGGCUUCAAACUAACAUAAGAACAGAAUUUUCUGUCGUUGGCUGGAUAAAAGUUCAGAAGAGAUCUCUAAAUCUGCACCAAUUUAAAGCAUUCCACAUUGAGUAUUGAUUGAUAAGCUAUUGUGUUCUACAUACCUCUACUGAUUGCAUAUUAUGUAAGUGUAACAAUGUAAUUAACAUGAACACACAACCAUCACAGUUCCCGCCGAUCCUUCAAUAUUAUGCAAAUGUGAAUACUCAUACUCAGUCUGUUUCCAUAGCAUUAAAGAGGACCUAUUGUGCUAAUCAGCAGCUCUUCUGAGAGCCCGCUCGAGUAGUGUUGCAUGAUUCACAGUUUCAAAAUGAUCCCUAUUUCUCUUGCACUGUCUGGCACUUUAUGUAUGCCUGUCAGGUUCAAAGUUCUUAAGGCUAGUGUCCUCUGAUUGGCCAACUUGUCUCAGCACCAGCCUAUCACGAACCUGUUGUACAUGAUCUAGAAAAUAUGGAAAAUCAUGAUAGGUCCUCUUUAACGAUGCAAGACAUUAGGCAGCUAGCAAGUGUAGCACCUAAUGCAACGA